AUGAAAACAAGCAGCUCCUCUGAGCUUCAGGAGUCUCCAUCCUCUGCAUGUCAUCAUACCUGCAACAAAGUAAAGAAACAGACAAUAGAUGGGGUGCACACGCUCUGUGCCAUGACCUCUAUGCGAAACAACUGGGUCCAAGCAAUGUUGAAAAAUGUGAGGCACAGUCCUACCUCUGACGUCACAAGCUCCUUUUCAGAGCAGAAAACUCCCCUCAAAUCACAGCGUCCAGACUCGGCCGAGGGCCCGGAGAGAGCUGAACACCCCGAGCCCAGCAGCAGCGACUGUGCAGAGGAAACACAGGAGCAGCAGAAACACCAGGAGCCCAGCCUGCAGCCGGAGGCAGAGCGGCGUUCUGCUGAUGGAAGCUCUGCAUCGCCUGCCAUCUCCUCCUCUCAUCAUCCCCCCAUCUCACCCUCCGCCUCCUCCGCUCCGUCUCCCAUCAGUCCUCCUGGGCAGGUGGUGGAAGGUGUGACCGGUGCGUCUUCGUGUGUUGAGGGAAGAGCCGGCUCUACGCCCACAACAAUGCAGUCAAAUACUGAGAGCACAAGGGAGAAGGAGAAGCAGCAAACUGGGCCACUUGUCAUAGAGCUGGAGCAAACACAGAGGGAACUCUCUCGACUGCGGCAGUUAAACAGGAAUCUGCGGGAUGAGGUGCAACAAGAGAGAGCGAGGCAUGCAAGUGAAAUGAACGACCUCCUCUCAAACUCCAACUCGUCUCCAGAACAAGCUUUGGUUUUACAGCGUCUUCAUAAGAUGAACCACGACCUGCGCCUUGAGCUGGAGGAUCAGAAGAGCAGCUUUGAAGAAACAAGAGAAGUAGAACUACGGCGAAGGGUGGACCUCUUAGCUCAACAAGCUCAGUUACUGGUCACGGGCGAUGCCACUGCCCUCGCUCAGGCCCGUCUGGAGCAGGACCGGCAGCAGUUCACGGAGCAGCGGCAGGAGUGGGAGCGCUGCAGGGCCUCGCUGAAGUCCCAGCUGAGUGCCAGCGAGGGGCAGAGGAAGGAGGCCGUGUCGCGCUCCACACAGCUGCAGCAGGAGUUGCAGAGUUACAACAGUCUGGAGCAGGAGGCUCAGCGCCUACACAAACAUCUCCAAGAGGUGACCACUCAACUUCAGGCUAAUGAGGAGGCGCAGGCUCAGAAAGAGGCUCGCCUGCAGGAGCACCUCAUGCUCCUUCAAGCCAGUCAGGACAGAGAGCGCAGGAGCUUAGCCUCAAGCCUGGCGCAGGCAGAGCAACUCACGCAGGAACUCCAGAGCAGACUGGACAUGUCUGAGCUGGAGGUGGACAGCAUGAAUAAGACUCAGACGUGGACCAGGGACAUCGAGGAGGCUCAACAGCAGCUUCAGGAGGAGCUGGCGUGCACGGUGUCUGUGGUGCAGAAACUCCAAGAUGAGAGAGAGCAUCUGGACCGGCGCUGUCAGGAGCUGCAGAGCCAGCUGGGCGAGGCGGACGGAGAGGUGAGCCGGCUGCAGAGCCGCUUGAAGACAGACGAGACGCACUACUACAAUCUGGAGCACUCGUUCGAGAGAGUUAGCGAGGAACUGCAGCUGGCUUUAGGGAAGGAGCGGCAAAGGGAGUCUGAACUCCAGGAGAUACGAGAAGGCUACGAGAGACUCCUGGACAGGAAGGAGCAAGAGCUGACUGAAGUGUUGCUGAAGAUGGAAGUCUUAGGGAACAGCCUAGAGGAGACAGAAGGUAGGCUGAAUGAGAAGUUGAAGGUAUGUAGUUGCGGCUCUCCUCAGAAUGAGCGCAGGCCCAUCGUUGAUCACGCAGGAGAUGACCCGGAAAGCUUUAUGUCUGUGAUCCAGGUCCUGGAAACCAAGCUUUAUUUGACAGAGGAGAAGCUAAGGGAGAUCAUGCAAAGACUGGAGGAGCACCAGAGUCACACCGGCUGCCAGGACCCCCACCUCUGCUCUCAGCUGACUCAGAGCCGAGCCACCGCUCAGCACCUCAGUCUGCAGCUGCACAGCCAGGCCAAGCAGAGCCGGCGCUUCGCCCAGGAGGCGGAGGGGCGCUGCAGGGUGUUGGGCGGCAGGUUUCAGAUCGCACUGAACAUCGUACAGGCCUGCAGAGGGAGGCUCCAAGCCGCUCCGGUUAACAUCACAGACUUCGACAAGCAACUCGCCGCAGCUGCUUCCUGCAUUCAGCAAGGAGAGAAGGAUGCUGAAAAACUGCAACAGGAAUCACUUAACGCCAGCAAAGGAGGGGACAAGAUCCUCAGUGGUGAGACUUUGGCUGGAGUUGAGAACAACAGUGCUACGUUUACCUCAGAGGAGGACAAGGAAACUGUUGGAAAGUGUCUAAUGAGGGAAGUGCUUUUAGUAGAUCAAAUGUUGUCCGUCCUGCAGAGUCAACCUGCCGUUAUAUCUCUAACACCAAGAGAGGAGGAGGGGGAUUUGGCACACAGGUACAAAACAAUGAUAUCUCAAAGAAUAGCCUUGAAAAGGACUUAUUCUGGGAGAGCAGGAUGUGAAAACAAGGACCCUAUAAAAAGGGCAAUAGGUAGAGUCUGUGCUGAAGCAGAGGUCAUUUAUGCUGCAUUGAAAUUUCAACUGCAACAUGAGAGCGUUACUCAAGACAAUAAUCCAAAAGUUGAGCAUCAAAAGAAGAGUCUGGCCAAUGUGAAUCCCCCGGAGUUGGCUCCUUAUGAGGAGCAGCAGGUUCAGGGACAGCGAAAAGGUCCAGAAGGAGCCACACAGCCACCUGAAAGACAUCAAUCUGGAAGAAAGGAAGAGAAAGAACCAGAGUGGUUAGAGAGACUUAUAUCUCGGCUUCAAAGGAGAGCUACAUUCUUACACAAACUCUGCCAGGAAGUUUCCGAUGGCAGCGGAGUUGUUGAGCGAGGAGUGGAUGAUAAGUGGGAAAAUGCUUCUGCAGCCGACCUCAGGUGGAUGCAGGAGCAGGCGAAGUUGAUUUAUCUGUCAGACAGACUGCACUCGGAUUUAGAGCGGCAGCGCAGCGAGGUGUUACGGGACAAACUGCAAGCUCUGUGCCAAGAGCAGGACAGCACAUUAAAGGAUGAGCAGGAGGCUUUUCCUCACACCUUAUGUCAGCUUCAGGAGGACAACAGCGCAUUACGAGAAACACUGGAGCGCGCUGAGCAGAAGAUCAUAUUUAUUGAGACUGGGAACCGGAGGCUGCUGGAAGACAUCGAGAAAAUCGAGGAAUAUCACGAGGAAAGGAUGAAGAAUCUGGAAAGUGGGUUUCAAGAGAAGAUCGGGGAGCUGCAACACAUCCACGAAGAGGAGAUGCAGAACUUGCAUGGCUACUACGUCAAGUCCUCCAAAGAGAAACAGAGCAGCAUCUGCACAGAGUCAGAAGAGGCUUACCUGAAAGAAACACACGAGGCAACCUGUGAUCAGGGCUUCGCUGCUAUGGAGGAGAUGCACCGGCAGCUGAUCUCAGACCUGCAGAAGCAGCAUCAGACGGAGAUGGCAGCGCUGCUGAAGCAGAAAGACAAGCUGCUGCAGGAAGAGACCACCGCCACCAUGGCAGCUAUUGUAGCGAUGAGAAGAGCCCAUAAAGUGGAGCUAGAGAAAAGCCGGCAGUCUCAGCACAUCAAGGAGAGCGCUGACAUCACUCGACUGCAAAAUGAAUAUGAAAAGGAGUUUCAGUUGAUGCAUAAGGAGCUCGAGCUGCUGUCGGUGCAGCACACUCAGAAAUGUCUGGAACACUCUCAGCUGAGCCAGGAGCUGCAGGAGGAGAGGCAGUCCUCCCUUCAGUACCAGAAACAAAACAAGGAGCUGAAAAAGAAACAGAUGGAGACAGGUGAAAUGUCUCAGCUACAUUUCUCACUGAAUGGGAAACAGUCCCUGGUCGAACCUCAAGUCAAUGACUUCUAUGAAAUGGAGGUGAUCCUGAGGGCGAGGGAGGCAGAAAUGCAGUUUCUCAGACAGGAAGCUCGUUCUCUGAAGGAAGAGUUGAAGCUUGCUCGAAUGGAUAAAAUAUACGCCCAGAACAAGCUCAAGGCCCUCCAUACGACCAGCCUGGAUGAACCACACCAAGUUGUCACUUGGUUAAACCGAGACGCUUCAGGACAGAGCCUCAAAGACAAUGGGACAAACACAAGUAAUGCUGCUUUUCUGAAGAAGAAAGAUAAAUCCUCCCUCACACGUCAGAUCAGAGGAGUCCGAUCAAAGAGUUUAAAAGAAGGCCUUUCUAUCCAAGAAAGAAUGAAGUUGUUUGACCACUAG